AUUCACCCGAGGACCUGUAACAUCGGUGUCGAAAGAUUUCGUGUUCAACACCCUGUAAGGAGCUCACGUGUUUGAGGAAUCGAAUUGUGCGGUUGAACCGUUGGAACUUUCGUCAUGAUGACCGAGGAGAUGGACGGUAAUAUAAUCGAGCUCACGGAUGCCGAGGCUGAACUUUACGAUAGACAGAUUCGACUCUGGGGUCUCGAAUCUCAGAAACGAUUGAGGGCGGCGAAGAUUCUGCUCAUCGGUUUAAACGGAUUCGGGGCAGAAGUAGCCAAAAACAUAAUUUUGGCAGGUGUCAAGUCAAUAACAUUCCUAGACAACAGAGAACUGUCACAGCUCGACUUAUGUGCGCAGUUCUUGGCGCCGAAAAAUGCUAUUGGAAAAAAUCGAGCCGAGGCAUCACUGGAAAGAGCGCAGACCCUGAAUCCGAUGGUGGAAGUGGCCGUAGACACAGAGAGUGUUGAUGACAAGCCCGAUAAGUUUUUUGAGAACUUUGACGUUGUGUGCGCGUCCGAAUGCUCAUUGACGCAGCUGAAACGGAUAAAUCGGGCCUGCCGUAAGAACGGGGUGAAAUUCUUUGCUGGUGACGUCUGGGGUACUUUCGGAUACACCUUUGCAGAUCUGGGAAAGCAUGACUUUGUCGAGGACGUCGUUCAGUCUAAAAAAAUCCAGUCGUCCGAGGCGGGUGAGCCAGCGCUGGCUAAAGUAAAAUUUGAAACUAUUACGACGACUGUGAAAAAAUCGAUAACUUUUGUACCGUUCGAAAAGAUACUCGAUACAUGUGAUUUGCCGCGAGAUGGAGAGCCAUACUACUUGCUGAAGAUAUUACUCAAUUAUCGAGAGAAACAUGGACACGAUCCUUUACCAAGCGAGCGAGAUACCGACAGUUUGAAAAAGGAGGCUGCAGUCAUCAUCGACCAGUACAAACUCGGUGACAAAAUCGAUCAUCUGAUAUGUGAGAAUCUCUACGCGCAAAUAAGUCCGGUUUGCGCGAUCGUCGGCGGGGUAAUGGCACAGGAGAUAAUAAAAACCGUGUCGCAAAAACAAUCGCCGCACAACAACCUCUUCCUUUUUAAUCCCGAUACGAUGUGCGGUAAGAUCCUAUGCUUGGGUCAAAAAUAAUAUUUUUCGUUUCAUUUCAUUCGUCAUAUCGAAUACUCACAACUUCGUUCCUCGUGAGUGUCGUUCCAAAAUCACACGCGGUGCGUUCUUUCUUUCAUUUUAAAUAUAAAUCCAACGAAUUGAACGAGAUAAUUUUUCCAUGACUACAGAUUAUUUUGUUUUAACUUUCGAUACUCUUGUACUUUUCGCACAGUACAAUAUCGAUAUGUUCAAAGCGGUGAAACCUUUGCUGCCUGUACGUCAAUUUCAUUUCUCCUAGAAUUAAUAUUCUACGAAGGUCGCGUGUGGGUAAGAAAUUAUCGAUAAUGAUAAUAAUAUAAAAAAGUGGUGACAGUAAUGAUAAUUGCAGUUAACGUUUAAGCAAAAUAUCGACGUAUCUCAGUAUAUACUGCGUGCAUAUAUUUUUUUACGUUGAAAAAAAAAGAAAAACACUCGCGAUUUUUCAUAUUUAUAUAAAUAUUAAUUCAAGUCUUCAUUUUAUUUUUAGUUUUUAAUUUCUCAAUAAAAAUACGACAAAGUAAAACAUAAUUGAAGCCAUUGUAUAAAAAAAAAAAAAAAAAUAAUACGGUAAUACCAAUUAAUUUAUUAUGCCUCUUAAAAUCCAUUCCAUGUUUUCCGUAUCUUGAGAUUCGUUUUUCAUUUUUUUUUUUUUUUUCCUGUUAUGUAACAAUUCAUAGCAAUAUUGAAGAUGUGCGUGAAGCGAAAUCGAAGAUUGUGGUACGUAUAAAGAAUAAAACAUUGAAAUGUGUAUGAGGACAACAAUAUAAUGACGAUAAAGAAACACAUCACGUUCGGAUUAAUCAAAUUUCCGUUAAUAAUCGUGGCGGUUCAUCAAUGAUCAAAUUUCAUAUCUAUCACUGGGAAAAAUUGUACGCGUAACGAUUUGAAAAAUAUGUAAUGGUAACGAUAAGUAAAAUCGAUGAAAUACGCAGCGAUAUUAAGAGUAACGAAAGCAAUGAACAACUGCGGUAUAAUAGUGGCAUGUAGUAGCAUUAUAGUAAUAAUGGUAAUAAUGGAUAAUAGAGUGAGCUGAAGGAUAAAGAAAACAAGGAAACAAUGUUAUUCGGCAGUUUGCUUAUACAUCGAAAAACGGGAAACGGUAUCAGGAAUGCUUGCGUGCUGAUCGGAGUUGCUCGUAUUAGGGAGCGUAUAAAAGGGAGCACAGGAAAGAAAGAAGGAAAAAAGAACGAAAAAAAAAAGAAACAAAAAUCAUUUCCGAACUUCGGACGAAGAAAGGAAUGUAAGUAAUAAAUAAUGAAAACAACCUGCCGAUCGCAUGGUUUGUAUGCUUCGAGCAGGAUUAUAUGUAUGCAUGUGCUGUAACCCACAUAUUCAUACGUGCUGCAGGGUAAAUUGAUAUAUCUAGCAUAGGUAUACUGUAUUACGUACCGGGUGUUCGGUAAAAAAAAAAAAAAGAAAAAAAAAACCGUGAACAGAAGCCAAAAUAUGUGAAGAGAAAAUCUUUGAACUAAAAUACCUCGUUG